AUGGCAGAAAUUCUUAAAGUAAUCGCGCUGAGGCCCAUUACUUUCUUUGCUCUCUUGACGUUUGUUGUGUUGUUGCUGCCUAGUGUCAUCAUCCCGAUAUGGUAUCAGAUGAUGAAAAACAUUGAGAAGAAUGUAGGCAAGGAAGCAAGAUAUGCUAGUUACGGGCUAAUUAAAAAUGUUGAAGACGUAGCAAAAUUAAUUCCUCCCAUAAAUUCAUCAGCAAUUGAUCUAGCAAAUGUUUUGGACACUGAUAAUACGCGUGACAAACUUUUAUUUCCCAAUAUUCAAAAGGAGGUAUAUGUAUUGGCUUAUCCCAGCAAUAGAUUAAUUAUCAAUCUCCACAAACACGCGAAGGUGGAAUUGAUACUUUUAAUUACCAUGCUGAUUGGCAUGAUAAUCUCUGUGUUCGCGUUUGUCACCUUGGUUAUUAGAGCGGCUAGGAGGGAAGUGCACUUGUGUGCAGCAUACAUGAGGGAAAUGGAGAAAACAACACAAGCUGAGAGAAAGAGCAUUAAGCAAAGCUUGGCCUUUGCGAGUGCUAACCAUGAUGUUCGCGGCUAUUUAGCUUGCAUCAAGGGCUUGACCGAACUCUCUGCUACUGAUCUUCCUCCCUCUUCUCAAGUUGCUUCUAACUUGAGGAAGAUAGAUACUUGUGUUGAGGAUCUUUUAGCAUUAGUGAAUUCCAUCCUAGAUUACAGCCAGAUAGAAGCAGGAAAAAUGCAAUUGGAGGAGAAUGAAUUCAACUUAGCACAACUGCUUGAAGACGAAGCUGAUUUACACCACCCAGUUGCCAUGAAAAAGGGAGUAGAGGUGAUCCUAGACCCUUGUGAUGGUUCCAUCUUCAAGUACUCCCUAGUAAGAGGUGACCGCGGUAAGCUCAAGCAGAUCCUUGGAAACUUGCUAAGUAAUGCAAUCAAGUUCACUUCACAAGGGAACAUCUGUAUCAAAUGCCAAGCAAAGAAACCGAGCUUUGAGAACCCUAUUGUUACUUCGAACAGGAACAACUUGUUUAAUAGGUCGUCGAAUGAUCUCAAAGACAUGAAGAUAAUCAAGCAACAUUCAAACUGCAUGGAGUUUGAGUUUCUGGUGGAAGAUACAGGUCCUGGGAUCCCUAAGGACAAGCGUCGUAUGAUAUUUGAGAACUUUGUUCAAGUCAAAGAAAAUUCUGCUGGGCAAGUUGGAACUGGUUUGGGACUAGGCAUUGUACAAUCUUUGGUAAGAUUGAUGGGGGGAGACAUAGAAAUCGUAGACAAAGCCAAUGGCGAACAAGGGACAUGCUUCAAAUUCAACAUCUUUUUGAUAGUACAAGAGGAAAGUUUGGAUAACCCGAGGCAAGAGUUGACAGAGCAUAGGGACAUCCAUUCGGGCUCAGGGUUAAGCACGUGUGUUCGUAACCCUAGAGGUGAAAAGUCUUUAGUGGUUCUCUUGAUAAAAAAUGAUGCGCGAAGAGGAAUGGUCCAUAGAUACAUGGAGAACCUUGGUGUAAACCUGAAGGUCCUAAGUCAGGGGAAGCAACUCUCUCCGACUCUUAAGAAGGUCAAAUCUAUGCUCAUUGAUCCUCCAUAUAACCCAUCGUCAGGGAGGUCAGACACGAGCCCUGAUCGCAGUGGUAGAGGUGGGUUCAAACUCCCUCCUCUCAAUAACAUGGAUGGUGCCAAUGAAGUAAUUACAGUGAACAAAAGGUCCUCUAUUCGAGGGUCAGUGAAAAGCAAACUACUUGUUAUAGAUUGCAAUGCAGGGGAUGAGUUUCAGAAUAUGCAGAGCUUGGUGUCUGAGUUUAGAAAGGACUUAUACAUGACAUGCAUAAAGGUAGUUUGGCUCGGUACGCCUGACACCCGCAGGGCUCACUUACAAGGUUUGCCAGAUGAGAGUCUCCCUUCGACAGAUCUUAUUAUAUCGGAGCCUCUUCAUGGGUCACGCUUAUCAAGGAUUGUAAACCUUCUUCCUGAGUUUGGGGGUGAUUCUGUAAGAUCUCCUACUUCUGGGAGAUCAAAGAGAUCCAAUACUAGUGUUGCAGUUUUAAUAAGCAACACACAGUCGGAAACUGAAGUAGACAACGGUGAGUCUAGUGAUGGGGAGAUCAAGCAAGAAGUCCCUCGAGUUCUAAUGAGCUCUAGCAGUGACAAGUCCACGUCGAUGACUAAUACUACUCAAAUGGGAGAAAUACAAGAAGUUCCAAGGGAUGCAGAGACCAUGAAAUCUCCCUUGGAAGGGAAAAAAAUUCUGCUUGUUGAAAAUCAUAUGUUACAAAGAAUGCUUGCUGAAGCAUGUGUUAAGCGCUUAGGUGCCGAAACUCAAACAUGUGAAAAUGGCAAAGAAGCUCUUGAGGUGGUCUGCAAAGCUUUGAGCAACCAGCCAAGUGGAGAACCCUCUAAGUUUCCAUAUGAUUUUAUAAUCAUGGACUGUGAGAUGCCAGUGAUGACUGGCUUUGAAGCAACACAGAAAAUCCGAGAAGAAGAGAAGAAGUACGGACUACACAUUCCGAUUAUUGCACUGUCAGCUCACGAGGUUGAUGGAGAGGAAGGCAGGAAGAUUGCUGAGGCUGAAAUGGAUUUCCACCUGACAAAGCCACUCCGUCGUGAAGAGCUUCUAAAAUGUGCUGGUACAUAUAGGCUUUCCAAAGUGUAA